AUGCCGCCUAUCGGCGUGGUGUCCGACUGCACCGGGUAUGACACCGGUGCACUGGCUUUGCACUUCCUGGGCGUGGACUUCCGUUUGAAGAUGGUGUCAGAGCUGGACGCCAACGUUCGCGCGUUGAUGCACCAAACACAUCGGUUCAUCCAGCGUGCGCCCGAGGCAAUCGCACUGGACAUGGUCAGCCGAGAGCGGGUAGAAGGCGUCGACUUAUACAUCUCCUCCUGUCCGUGCCAAGACUACAGC